UGUUUUUUGGAAACCUUAGCAGACGACAGAAUGAACUGCAAAGUACUAGCUGUUUUGUCUUGCAUCGGCAUUGUUGUGUGCAGCAAAUCCGAAACUUACAAGAACCGCCACCACCUGCGUGAUGACCUUAUGUACAAGUACGAGAAAGACGUCAUGCCCGACAGUAUCGACGGUAACGCGGUCAACGUAUCAAUAGGCGUCGAUCUCCUACGAAUCAUUGACAUGGAUAACCAGAUUCUUACGUUGGAUACAGUCAUAACAGAGAUUUGGCAGGCGGAUAAUCUCAAGUGGAGGCCUGGUCACGUGGGUGGCUUAGAAGAGAUCAGGCUGCCCUCUGACCUUAUCUGGAAGCCCGACCUCGCUUUGGCUGACGGGGCCGGGAAAACGGUCUUUAUUAAAUCCGAGGACACCAAUGUCAUCAUCAACUCUAGCGGAUUCGUAAGCUGGUACCCUCCUGUGAAAACCAAGACGUUCUGCUCUUACGGCGAAUUACAGAACGGCGAUGAAAUCGAGUGUCACUUGACGUUAUACUCCUGGACCCACAGCACCUCUACGCUCGACCUUAAACUACAGGCUGAUGAGAUGGACACCAGCAACCUCGAUGUCGACUUCAAUCCUCACUGGAAGUUGGUCUCGACGCAUGCCGACGUCAAACACAAAGUAUACAGCUGCUGUCCCGAAUCGUACGCACAGGCUUCAUUCACGUUUCGCCUCAGAUACGUCGCCUAGAUGUGGACAACCAAACCAUUAUAUUUACGCAUUAUUGUUUGUCACAGACUUCUUAGGUCUUAUAACACGCUGAUAUAUGAACGUCAACGUUGAACCAGGACAACAUGUAAACAGCGGUCAGAUAAUACCAUAGCAAAGAUUUAUCAGGACGUCAAUAUAAGCACAUCAACAGUGUUAAUGGCUAUUUGCAUUCAAAACUAUUAAAACUUCAGGUCGAUUUAACCAUGUAGUAACAAACAUUUUAACAGACAAUUCAUGAUUCAAAAUAACAUUUACAAUAGACCUCCAAAUCACUUUAACCGUUCAGUCGGAACCCGUUGGCUCGAACUCGCUUGGCUCGAAUUCCUAGUUGGCUCGAACUGUAUGUAAAGGACCGAUUUCUUUAAAAUGAAUGUAAGCAUUCCCGCUUGGCUAGAUUUUUCGCUGGGACUUCGAGCAAACGGGGUUCGACUGUAAAAAAACUCAACGUGUACUUACAUUUUAAUAUUACAUUAAUAUGCAGCGUAUUGUGAACAAAAUCAUGUACUUUAUGUGCAAUAAAAUAUACACAAAUGA